CACCUCACCAUCCACCACCACAUACACACCACCUACCUACACAAACACCAACCAACCGAUCGGUGUAACACCACCAACCCCAACCUAAACCACCCAAAACCCAACCUUCAAAAAAACAAAAAGAACAAAAAAGAACAUGUCCCCCUCGACCCGCCGCCUCCUCAAAGAAUCCACGGACCUCCAAACCAACCCAUCACCCUACUUCCACGCGGCCCCAGUAUCCGACAGCAACCUCUUCGACUGGCACUUCACCCUCCUCGGCCCACCCCCUCCCUCCCCCUACGCCGGCGGCAUCUACCACGGCCGCAUCACCCUCCCACCCACCUACCCACUCCGCCCGCCCAGCUUCCGAUUCCUAACGCCCUCGGGGCGAUUCGAAGUCAACCGCGAGAUCUGUCUCAGUAUCUCGGGCCAUCAUGAGGAGACGUGGCAGCCGGCGUGGGGGAUUCGGACGGCGUUGAUUGCGCUGCGGAGUUUCAUGGAUGGAGAUGCGAAGGGCCAGGUGGGCGGGUUGGAUGAUUUUGGGGGGGAGGAGAUGAAGGGGGAGGAGGAUAAGGUGGUGGUGGAUGAGGGUGAGGCUGCAGCUGCGGAUGCAGGUAUAUCUGCAGAUGUGGAUACGUCUCAGGUUCGGGUUCCUCAAGCUGAGGUACAACCACAACCACAACCGCAGCAGCCCCAACAACAGCAAUUACAACAUACUCCCCCAGCAACAAGACCUCCUGCACCACCAGUGCCAGCUGCUGCUGCUGCUGCUGCUGCAACAUCUCAAGAUACACCCUGGCUCGACCGAGCUAUUAUCGGCGUCAUCAUCGCCCUAGUAGCCAUGAUCUUGCGACGUCUGACGCGCGACAUGGACUUGGAGUGAUCCUGAUAUCCUCUCUACUUUUGUCUGUGUUCCACAUGAAGCAAUGGUGUUUGUUUGGCGUUGGAUGGUUUCUAUCAGUACCCUGGGUUAUUAGGUAUGGUUGUGUAUAUUAGGUGUUUUGUGUUAGGCUUGCCACAGGUUGUGUUUCGGGGGUUUAAGUGGUAAUUUCAAUGUGAGUUUGUGGUUGAAUGUUCGAGAUGUAGGAUGUAGGAUGUGGGUGUGGUAGUAUGGUAUGUUUGGGAUGGGGGUUAAGUGUUUGUAGUUCAAGGAUGAUUGUGUUGGGAGUAAUAGAGCGAUUUAGAUAGAAGUCAGGGUAUUUCGGUGUUGUAGGUUUUGUAUGGGAUAAGAUUGAGGUAAAAUUGACGUCCAAAUUGUCUCUG